AUGGCGACUCGAGGGAAGGCAAGCGCACCCCCACCGCAGCCGGCUUCAUUAGUGACACCUCCACAGGCUCGGGGGGGUGAAAGUGAAGUCAGCGGCGGGGCGCCAAGACCACGUAAUGUGAGCGAGUUCUUUGAUCCUGCGACCUACCAUAGAACAGUGAGAAAGUUUUUGCCGGGCGAGAUGGUUACCACACCAGCUAAUGUGCGGAAGUUCUUUGACCCUGCGACGUAUCGCCAGAAGCGGCCUCUUCAUUCACCAGAACAAGAGCAGCCUCCUCCCAAGACCAACAAGCUGCAGCCGUCUGCUUUGAUCGAGAAGUUCAAGCUUGCUGCACAAUUGAAUGGCCUUGAUUGGAAUACCUUGGCAGAAGAGAUUUCUACAGAAGCUGGCUUUGGGACCAGCUCUGAAGUGGGCACCACUACGAUGGAGGUGGAUGAGAGCCUUGCUGCACCUGGUGUGGGUGGGGUGGAUGAAGAGCUGGAGAGAUUGGAGCGGGAAGCUGAGGCAGACAUUGCCGCCAGGAUCGAUGAAGAGAGGCUGGAAGAUGAAGUGUCAGCAGAUGCUAAGCACGCAGAGAGGGCCACCAGUGAGCCAGAUGAGGAUGCGUUGUUUGGUCCUUUCGACCAGGCAGAGGUGGUGCCACCUGCAGAGCCAGGUUUCACAGGCGUGAUGCCACCUGUGGAGCCUCCAGCCGCCAAAGAUCCGGUGCCACCUGUGCAGCUUCCAGCCCCCGAAGAUCCGGUGCCACCUGCGGAGCCUCCAGCUCCCAAGGAUCCGGUGCCACCUACGGAGCCUCCAGCUCCCAAAGAGCCAGCUCCAAUGGAUGUUGGUGUGGCAGAGUCUGCAACUCCCAAUGGGCCUUCAUUUCCCAUGAUGCAUCUGAAUACUUCCAAAGUUGUCCUCAGCGAGGCUGUUGCGUUGGAAAACUCUAUUCGUGACAAUCUCAUGAAGCUUGAUUUGGAGCAGGUGGAUCGAAGAGUCAAGUUGGCAAUGUCUCAUCCUUGGUUUGCCACAUACAUGGCAUACUUGAAGAAGGAUGUCAUCGGGGAAGAGAUUGACUACAAAUUCGGAGAUGAAGAGCCUUUUGAGGACCUUGUGAACUUUGAGCUGUGGCUGCAUGAUCAGAAGGAGGCAGCCUCGCGCGCUACAGCCUCGCCUGCUGAUGUGUCGGGAAGGCCUUCAUGUCUGAGGUCUUCUCCACCGCCACCAAGGCAUGUGUCCUUUGCAGAUGCACCUGAACAGCCAGAAGCUGCGCCAGCUGCAAGGCCAGUGAUCGCAAGUGCACCUGUAGCCCCUUUGCAAGCUUCAGCGACCAAGCCAGAGGUGCAUCAAGCUUUUCCAGAGGUGCGGCCAGACAACCUCUCUGCCUCGGUUGAGUUGGCGGUUGUGAAAGCAAAGGAGCAGGCGCUCCCAAAUUCAGUGACUCAUCGCAGUGAGUACAUGGCCUACCUCCGGGCAGCUCGCAACCCGCAAGUCAUGCACAAGAGCCUUCUUCCUAUGUUCACAGGUGGCCAGAAGCUCGACCUCUUCAGAAUGUGGCUGGAGAAGGGGAGAGACUUUGCUUCCUGCGCCGUUGAGAUGGAACGUCGCCGGGUUCACCAGGCAAAGGCGGCGCAGAAGGAGAAGUGCAUGAGCAAGAGGCAGUUGGAGCUGGAUGGAAGGUAUACGGAAGCUCAGAUCAAAUCAUUGAUCGAGUCAAAAACAGCUGCAGGGAUGUUCAUCCCAGAUCCCAACUUCCCAGACGAUGAGGAGUUGCGACAGUACAUCAUGGUGGAUGAGAUCACCAGGAGCCACACGGACAUCAGUGAAACUUCCCAGACUUUGAGGGGGCGCACUGACUUGUCUGGUAGUGAGGCUUUGCUUUUGACUGAGCAGGGAGCCUUAUUCUCUGCUGAGGGCAUGGAGUUGCCACAGCUUGGGAAUCGUGAGAAUGGGCCACCGAGCACGGUCGAAGAGGAUGGGAAAGCGAAGGGAAAAGGGAAGAAGGGGAAGGGGAAGGGGAAGGGGGGUGGCGAGAAGGGAAAGGGAAAAGACUGUCAGGAGGAGGGCGGGGGUGAGAACGUGAAAGUUGUGACUCCUUUGCAAAAGGCUCAAGCCUUGUCCAAGUCUGUGCUGAAGGAAGCAGAGGAGGCACGCUCUACUUGCGUGGCCAUCGAGCCUUUGGAAUGCUCUGAGCAGUUGAGCUUGGCGCUCAAGGAUCAUGCGGACAAGAUGACCCAGCUGUACCGCAAGUUGAACACCAUGAUCUUGGAAGGUUGGAAUGAUGAGGCAUCAUAUGCAGGCCUUACCCUCGAGGCUACAGAGCGCACCAACUGGUACAAGGCACGCAAGAAGGUUGCGAUGUCUAUGAGGGCCAAGCACAAGCGCACCAAGAUCGAAGAGCCUGGCGGGGCACUUGCGAAGGAGAUGCUUUGGGACCUGUCAAGGGGUGAACUUCAUGUCUCUUCCAUGCAACGGUACGCCAAUGCAGCGUAUUUGGAUGGGUUGGAUGAUCCAACAAUUAGAUCUCUUGCGUCACUAGCUUCAUGGGGGAAGCAUCUCCACAAUGUGGAACGUGAUUUUCAUCGGCUUAUCCCAUCACUCUAUGGCACAAAGAUUGACACGCACGAUGUCUGUAUUGACAUCUACGACCCUGAUCUAGGCAAGGUGGUGCCACGUGUGAUCCCAGUGAUGCUAGCAUCUGACGUAUUAUCCCAGAUCUGGAAAAAGCAAGACAACAAGCUUUGGAGUUUAGCUAUAGGGGCUACCUCCCAAAAGACCCAUGCCUUUUGGAAAGCGGCUGACAAACUUUGGGCCUCCAACCAUCCA